GCAGGGGCAGGACAAGGAGCUGCACUGAGAGGCUUACAUAAGCACAUCUACUUUGCAGCCUGCUCUCUGCCCUGGCAGCCAGGACAAGAGUGACAACAAAGCCGAGGCCUGCCAGAGGAGGGGCCUCCGCCAGGGCUGCAAGUUGAGUCCAGCUUGGAGGAGGCCCAGGUCCUCCCAAGGUACUCGUGUCCGGGUGGCGGAUCAGCUGCUGGAGCCCAGACAGCUGCUCGGCCCUCUCGCUGCACUUACCGGAGGUGCCCAUGGGUUGGAAAAUGAGGCUGCCGACAGCAGCCCUGUUGCUGGGUCUUGUGCUGGUGGUCACUGGAGAAGAGGAAAACAACCCGUGUGCCCAUGACCCCCUGCCGGAGGAAGACACUGUCCUGUGCAAGGGCCUUGAAGUUUUCUACCCAGAGUUGGGGAACAUUGGCUGCACGUAUGUUCCUGACUGCAACAACUACAGAGAGAAGAUCACCUACUGGUCUGAGCCCGUAGUCAAGUUCCCGGGGGCCUUGGACGGCGCAAGCUAUAUCCUGGUGAUGGUGGACCCAGAUGCCCCUAGCAGGUCGCAACCCAAAAGGAGAUUCUGGAGACAUUGGCUGGUAACAGACAUCAAGGGCUCUGACAUGAAGACAGGGAACAUUCAGGGCAAGGAGUUAACAGGCUACCAGCCUCCCUCCCCACCGGCAAACACUGGCUUCCAUCGCUACCAGUUCUUCGCCUUCCUUCAGGAAGGAAGGGUCAUCUCACUCCCUCGGAAAGAAAACAAGACCCGAGGCUCUUGGAAAAUGGAUAAAUUUCUGACCCGCUUCCAUCUGAGCGAACCCGAAGCAAGCACCCAGUUCAUGACCCGGAGCUUCGAGGACUCACGGCCCUUCCAAGCUCUGGGAGGCGGGGACAGGGAGUCCAAGAACAAAUCCAAACGCAGAUAACUGCAAGCUCCACCUUCCAGGCAUGUGUCCACUGCCCACCACCGAGGGUCUGGGGACGCAAGCCACACUGGGUAUAGAACCCCUUCUCCUGCAAAUUAAAAGGAAAACCAUCCA